UUAUGGUAUAUACAGGUGUCUCUGCAGGUGUUUACAGGUGGGUCUGCAGAUGUUUUAAGAUGUUUUAAUGUUUUUAUCUGCAGUUGAAUCCAGGUGUGUCUGCAGGUGACUUCAGGUGUGUCUGCCAGUUUUUACAGGUGUGUCUGCUGGUUUUUAAGGGUCGUCAGCAGGUGAUUCCAGGUGUGUCUGCCAGUCGUUACAGGUGUGUCUGCAGUUGUUUUAAGGCGUGUCUGCAGGUGAUUCCAGGUGUCUCUGCCAGGUUUUGAGGGUGUGUCUAUAGGUGUUUACAGGCGUGUCUGCAGGUGAUUCCAGGUGUCUCUACCAGGUUUUGUAGGUGGGUCUGCAGAUGUUUUAAGGCGUGUCUGCAGGUGAUUCCAGGUGUCUCUACCAGGUUUUGUAGGUGGGUCUGCAGAUGUUUUAAGGCGUGUCUGCAGGUGAUUCCAGGUGUCUCUACCAGGUUUUGUAGGUGGGUCUGCAGAUGUUUUAAGGCGUGUCUGCAGGUGAUUCCAGGUGUCUCUAACAGGUUUUGUAGGUGGGUCUGCAGAUGUUUUAAGGCGUGUCUGCAGGUGAUUCCAGGUGUCUCUACCAGGUUUUGUAGGUGGGUCUGCAGAUGUUUUAAGGCGUGUCUGCAGGUGAUUCCAGGUGUCUCUCCAUGUUUGUGACGGUAUAUCUAUAGGUGUUUACAGGCGUGUCUGCAGGUGAUUCCAGGUGUCUCUGCCAGGCUUUGUAGGUGGAUCUGCAGACUCAUCUCACAUCGUCUAGUUUUAUAACAGCCAUCUAACAGCAUGUACUGGCUAGGAUCAAUAAACACAAAUAUUAGAGUUCAAACCUGCUUUUAACAGGUGUGUUUCUAGACCUGCUUUCUGCAUGAUGUCACUUCCUGUGGUUAUGAAACGCUGUCAGUCUGCUAUGUGCCUCUCCAUGUGUUGAGAUCAUGUGAUCAGCUGAUGUUCUCGGGGUUUUCCAUCUCCGUUCUUUAGUCAGCAGCAGCAGAGCCUCUCAAGCAGACAGACGCGACAUGGAGCGGAAACUGGAUCUGUCCCGUCUGAGCGACGAAGAGGCAAAACACGUCUGGGAGGUGAUCCAGCGAGACUUUAACCUCCGCAAGACGGAGGAGGAGAGGCUCACAGAGCUGAAGACGCGCAUCGAGAAGGAGGACACCAAGCGGGAGCUGCUGGGUUCUCAGAGGAACGUCUCAGACUCGCUCUGCAUCCGCUGCCUGCAGCCCUUCAAGUUCCUGGUCAACAGCAAGAGACAGUGUCUGGACUGCCGCAUGUUCACCUGCAAGUCCUGCAGCCGCUACAACAAGAAGGAGCACGGCUGGGUGUGUGACAACUGCCGCAUGACCAGGGUGCUGAAGAUCGGGACUCUGGGGUGGUACCAUGACAACGUGAGGAACCGGUUUAAGCGGUUUGGCAGUGCCAAGGUGAUGCGGUCGCUGUACAAGCGUCUGAACGGAGAUGGGGGCCGUGAUGACGACACUCAGAGCAUGCCGGAUGUUCGCAGCCAUGGACACAACGGCACCGAGGAUGAGCCGGGAGAGGCCGAGGCUCAGCACUACAAAGCGAUGAGGAAGAAUAAGCGUCUGCUGUCGGUUCAUCCCAUGGACUUUGACUCCGAGGACUACCUUCCUCAUUCACGGCGGACUUCUGUGCAGAUGCAGAUGCAGGAAGAUCGGCACUACAGGAACGAUCCGGACCACGACUACUACAACCACCGAGGGAACCGCAGGAAAAGCCUGGACCGCUAUGCCAUGAGACCCGAGGACUUUGCUGAGAACCGAAUGGUCCGGACUCGCUCUCUGUCUAAGAUCAGCUCCUCGGUGGCUAGGCAGCAGUAUGUCGAUACCUCAGACGAGGAAGAGUACCAGAGGUAUGCCCCCGUUCACCAGCAGCCCCAUCACCGCCGGAAGAACAGUAGAGCCUCUUCACAGGAGAACCUGGGCCAAGCCCCGCCUAUCAAUGAACUGAACAAGCGGAUGUCGGCCAUUGAGAGCCUGCUGAGCCGUCUGGAGGAGAAGAUGACUCCUGCCGAUGAGCAGGCGUUGUCUCCGGCAGCCCAGAACGAGGAGGAGAAGCUGAGGAGGAAGCUGAGUGAGCUGGCGGGGAACCUGAGUGAUAAAGGCCUGUCGUCAGACGAUGAGGCAGGGAAAAAGCCUUUCCCUGGGACCAAAGGUUCAUCUGGUGUCAGGGCUGGACCAGUGGUCCCUCUGGGCUCUCUGAAGGACAAGGAGCUGAGCUCGUCCAGCGACGACAUCCCAACAGAGGCUCAAAAGAGAUCCACUGCCGCCGCCCUCUGUGACCUCACCACUGAGGUCCUGAGAACCAUUAACGCCACAGAAAACGCAAUGGUCCAGUACGGCCUUGCAGAGCCAGUCAACAGGUCCCCCUUAGUUGGUCCUGACGUAAAGCAGGCCGAUGAUGCAUUCAGGGAACUUGAGGAAAAUGUGUACAUCACGGCGGGCCAGUCCUACGAGCUGGAGACGAAGCUGCGGCGGCUGGAGCAGAGCACCCAGAACCGUUUUGGAGGGACGACGGACUCAGAGCUGUCGGAGCUGGAGGACGUGGUGGCGCUGACCGCCGCCAGAGUACAGAGCGCUGAGAGUGAGGUGUCGGACAUCGAGAGUAAACUCGCAGCUCUGAGUGCCAAGAAGAAGGUCUUUGGAUCCCAUCAGAAGAAGAGGACAGCCUCAGACCCACCCAAGAGUAACGGCGCUGCCUGGAGGUCCAGCUACCGGUUCUGAUCCAGGUUCUGGUCCCGGUUCUGAUCCAGGUCCAGGUCCCUCCUCCUCUUCUCCAGCUUUCUUCACUAGUGUUCUAGAACCAGGCAGCAGAUCAGGGGAACGUUAUGGAGCUCAACCUCAGAGACCUCAAACAUGGGUUCUCCUGGGUUCUCUGACCUGAUCCACCUACAUCCAAUAAGCUGCUCCUGCUGAGUCAGCCUGCACCACACCUGGCAGAUUCCCUCAGGAUUCACACCCUCAACCCACACCAGGCAGAGACCUUCUGGUUUCCAACCCUCAACCUGAUGGUUCCACCAAGAUCCCUGAUCCUGAGACAAAGUGAUCACCCCCUGGUUAGAUCAGGGAUCUACUGAGAGACAAAGUAAUCACCCCCUGGUUAGAUCAGGGAUCUACUGAGAGACAAAGUAAUCACCCCCUGGUUAGAUCAGGGAUCUACUGAUAGACAAA